UUCCGUCACUUUUUCAUCCCACGCGUGCGUCGUAUGGCUGCAGCGACGAGAAAUUCUACCGCGUACAUGCAGCCAUUGCUCUGAGUCAAUGGGUUGAUGGCGUAGCGCAGAAGCGUUGGUUGGACGGUUCGAGGUCAUGGGAAUGGUGAGGCGCGCGUAUUCAGCGGACGACGCGGAAGGCGUGGCUUGGCUUAGCCGUUCGCGUGCUGUCGUGAGAAGGGCGCAGCGGGGACGUAGGCCUUAAACUAGGUGAGUCGAUCGGAGGUAAGUGCAUGUGUUCGUGUAUAAAGGUGGCGAUGCUGCCGCACGUUUCCGGCAUCAAGACGACAACUCAUAUCACACCAACCUUCUACUCAUCUCGAACACGAACUCUAUCAACCACCAGAUCACAUCGCGUCCAAACCACACCCACGCACACUGCGCAUAUCUCAGAACAACACCACCGCGAUACCAGACCGAUCACCAUGUCGACACAACCGAUCACCGCCGCAAUGAUCCCGAACCCCCGACCAAGUGUUAGCGCUCUUCCCGAGAAGGACACCGCAUCGAUGAGGUCGACAUCAACAGCAACCUCCAUGACUUCGCUCCUCAAGUCAAUGUGGAGGUCGAGGCGGGCCGCGAGGCCUGCUGAGUCUCCGCAGAUGAAGAGUGAGAGGAAGUUGCUACAAGCUGAGGCAAGGAUGGCUUGGGCUGCGAGUCGGUAGAGGAAACCAAUCUCAGGAUGCUCAUUUGAAUCUCUUCAGCCCCGGCGCUAUCAGGCCUCGACGUUUGAGGUGACUCCCUACCCCGAGUUAUCGGCCCGCAUCGGAAUCUGUCGGGACUUGCUAUAGUCUUGAGCUGGAUAGUAACGAAGAGAGGCGUUCCGCUUCGUGGAUUUUGGAAGACUUCUGACAAGGCAACGCAGCGACCUACCUGUCGCAAAUACACUUAACGGGACUUCUUGUUUUGGAUCCUCCUUCUUUUUAUGCCUUUGCACAAAACUUUUCCGCUAUUCAUUUUCCUGUUCUUCUGUUAAUAAUUAUAGAUUCACCAUACCCGAUCAAAUCAAAGUCUUCAAUCCCUGCUU